UUGAAGUUUCUGUGCUUCAGUGACUGUUACAGAAGAAGAGGUGUUAGUGUUGCGGUGAGGUCUUGAUUGUCCGCAUUUAUGAAUGAAACUGACCUAAAUCACCUGUUACCUCCAGUUUCCAGAUUGUUUGAACUUCUCUGGCCGCACAAUACAGGAGGGAAGACUGAAACAGCUUAGGGAGCUCCAGCGUCUGCAGCAUGGGCUGGUUCGCCAGGAUUGUCUGUCUUUUCUGGGGAGUAUUACUUACAGCAAGAGCAAACUAUCAAAAUGGGAGGAACAAUGUGCCAAGGCUGAAAUUAUCGUACAAAGGUAAAUCUUUAUUUUCAUUUUAUUUGUUUAGCUUUGUAAUGUACCCCUGCCCCCAGCCUUUUCAUUCCUUAAACUCCCUCCCAACUCAAACUAUAAAACCUUUAAUUGUGUGGCCAGUAUCUUACACCAGACGAGACGAAUGCAAGUGGGCUGGCAAAGAUAUCUUGAAAGAAUGUGCCAAUUUCAUCAAGGUGCUUAAGGCUUAUAAUCAGACUCACUUGUAUGCCUGCGGAACGGGAGCUUUUCAUCCAAUUUGCACCUACAUUGAAAUUGGACAUCAUCCUGAGGACAACAUUUUUAAGCUGGAAGACUCACAUUUUGAAAAUGGCCGUGGGAAGAGUCCCUAUGACCCUAAACUGCUGACAGCAUCUCUUUUAAUAGAUGGAGAAUUGUACUCUGGAACAGCAGCUGAUUUUAUGGGGCGAGACUUUGCUAUCUUCCGAACUCUUGGGCAUCACCACCCAAUAAGGACAGAGCAGCAUGAUUCCAGGUGGCUCAAUGACCCCAGGUUCAUUGGUGCCCACCUCAUCCCAGAGAGUGACAACCCAGAAGAUGACAAAGUCUAUUUUUUCUUCCGCGAAAACGCAAUAGAUGGAGAGCACACUGGAAAAGCCACUCAUGCUAGAAUAGGUCAGAUAUGCAAGAAUGACUUUGGGGGGCACAGAAGUCUGGUGAAUAAAUGGACAACAUUCCUCAAAGCUCGUCUGAUUUGCUCAGUGCCAGGUCCAAACGGCAUUGACACUCAUUUCGAUGAGUUGCAGGAUGUUUUCCUAAUGAACUCUAAAGAUCCAAAAAAUCCAAUUGUAUAUGGAGUAUUUACAACUUCCAGUAACAUCUUCAAGGGGUCAGCUGUGUGUAUGUACAGUAUGAGUGAUGUGAGAAGGGUGUUUCUUGGUCCAUAUGCCCACAGGGACGGCCCCAACUAUCAGUGGGUACCUUAUCAAGGAAGAGUCCCCUACCCACGACCAGGAACUUGUCCCAGUAAAACAUUUGGAGGAUUUGACUCUACAAAAGACCUCCCUGAUGAUGUUAUAACAUUUGCAAGAAGUCAUCCAGCCAUGUACAAUCCAGUGUUUCCUCUUAAUAACCGCCCAAUAAUGAUCAAAACAGAUGUAAAUUAUCAGUUUACACAAAUUGUAGUAGAUCGAGUGGAUGCAGAAGAUGGCCAGUAUGAUGUCAUGUUUAUUGGAACAGAUGUUGGGACUGUUCUUAAAGUAGUUUCAAUUCCAAAGGAAACUUGGCAUGAUUUAGAAGAAGUUCUUUUGGAAGAAAUGACAGUUUUUCGGGAACCAACUACUAUUUCAGCAAUGGAGCUUUCCACUAAGCAGCAACAACUAUAUAUCGGUUCCACUGUGGGGGUCGCCCAGCUCCCUCUACACCGAUGUGAUAUUUACGGGAAAGCCUGUGCCGAGUGCUGCCUCGCCAGGGACCCGUACUGUGCUUGGGAUGGCUCUUCCUGCUCUCGCUACUUCCCUACUGCGAAGAGACGCACAAGACGACAAGAUAUAAGAAAUGGAGACCCACUGACUCACUGUUCAGACUUACAGCACCAUGAUAAUCAUCAUGGCCACAGCCUUGAAGAAAGAAUCAUCUAUGGAGUGGAAAAUAGUAGCACGUUCCUGGAAUGCAGCCCAAAAUCACAGCGAGCUCUAGUCUAUUGGCAAUUCCAGAGGCGAAAUGAAGAGCGAAAAGAAGAGAUCAGAAUAGAUGAUCACAUCAUCAGAACAGAACAAGGACUUCUACUGCGUAGCCUACAGCGAAAGGAUUCCGGCAAUUACCUCUGUCAUGCCGUGGAACAUGGAUUCAUGCAAACUCUUCUGAAAGUGACCCUGGAAGUCAUUGACACAGAGCAUUUGGAAGAACUUCUCCAUAAAGAUGAAGAUGGAGAUGGCCCCAAAACCAAAGAGAUGUCCAACAGCAUGACACCUAGCCAGAAGGUCUGGUACAGAGACUUCAUGCAGCUCAUCAACCACCCCAACCUGAACACAAUGGAUGAGUUCUGUGAACAGGUUUGGAAAAGGGACCGAAAACAGCGUCGGCAAAGGCCAGGGCAUUCCCAGGGGAGCAGCAACAAAUGGAAGCACUUACAGGAAAAUAAGAAAGGUAGAAACAGGAGGACCCACGAAUUCGAGAGGGCACCCAGGAGUGUCUGAGCUGCAUUACCUCUAGAAACCUCAAACAAGUAGAAACUUGCCUAGACAAUAACUGGAAAAAUGCAAUAUACAUAAACUUUUUUCAUGGCAUUAUGUGGAUGUUUACAAUGGUGGGAAAUGCAACUGAGGUCCGCCAACUAUAAAUUAAGUCCAUGAGUAACUUUCCUAACAGGCUUUCUUCCUCGUACCAACACCUAAUAGAGGUCAGGUGAACGCAGAUGUUCACUUGAGCAGACUUAAUGUUUCCUACGAGAUUUCAUUGUACAGGUUUCGCUUUCUUCUUUGCCUGAGAAAUAAAAAAGUCACUUGCCAUACUGCCAUCUAAAGAAGAAAAACUGCAUCAGCAAAGCCAUUUUCUUGAACUAAAAGUUUAAAAUAAACUGCAUGGGUUUCCUAAGCUGAUGAAUAUUCCAAAAUGUGGUUGGAUUCAAGGCUAUUUUUCUGUCUACCAGCACUCGUGUUUAUAUGUACUGGAGGAGUAAAAUGAUCCUGAAUGAAAUGGUCUGUGGAAAUAUAAAAAACAUAAACCAUCCAUCAUCCAGAAGAAAAAUGGAAUACACUGAUCUACUACUGAUGUCUUCUUUCAGCUUUGAUCUAAAGAUGUAUUUUAUUAAAACUAUAAUUUAAAUGUACUAUGACAAAUAUGCAGUAAAAACGAGCUCUUUUCUAAGCUAGAGUAGGUUUUUGUCUUAAAUUACAAUUAUUGUGAUAUAUACUUUACUUUUUGUUUUAACAACUCCAAUUGUGUGCUGCUUUUUUCCAGCAUUUUGUUUCCAGUUCGGCAAAAGGGACAGACUAUAUAGUUCUAGAAACACAUAUACACCUAUAGCUAAUUCCUAAAACCUGGAUACAAGUUAUGCUCUAUUUCUCUGAAAAUUCAAACAAAUAACACCUCCCAUUCUUUAAGUAUUACCUAAAUUAGUUUUAACCUGCAUAAUAUCCUUAGAAAAACAGCACUUAACUGGCAAAAAAGGGAGGAAACAUAUUGAUAUGUCAAAUGCAUUUUGUUGUUCCUAAUGGAUCAAUGAGGAGAAAAAGAACUGCAGAUUUCAUGAAAAUAAUAAGCAUUAUCUUAAUAUAAUGUGAAUAGGAGAUCUCUCAAUUCUGUGCUUGAACUCCUGCCUGAUAUUGGAGACAUAAAAACUCUCUCAUGAUUCCAUUAGGAAUUACAUCUUUUUUUUCUCAAAACUUAAAAACUUAAUUUUUCUGAAAAGGGAGAAAUCAGAAAUAUUCAGACAACAUCUUAAAGAAAAUAUCCCACUUCUGCUUACAUCUGUAUCCACUGCCUCCUGUUUCAUCUUGUUUAAAACAACUAUUGGUCUAAAGAAUAUAUGCCUCUUUCUACAUUGAUGGGUGCAAUUUUUAUACAAACUGUUUUCCAGGACACAACCCACACUUAGAGCAUAUGAAACUCUUUGUCUCCUGCAACAACUUAUAAAAUAAGGUAAAAGAUUGUUAAUUAAGGGCUUGCUUGCUUUGUUAUCCUAAAAUUAUUCCUUGAGAAUCUUUGAAUUCAAGAUGUACAAGACCUUCAGCAUUACAAUACAGUUGCUUUUGCUCUGCACUCACCUUUCCAGGUAUCCACCGCGAAGUCCUUCAUCAUGCACAAAAACGCAAAAGAAACAUUUUAUUAUAAUUAAUGAAAGCGACAUUGAAAUUCUAAGUCUAGCUGUCUUGGGAUUCUAAUUAACUUAACAUUGAUUUCUCACCUCAGACUACAGUGAAUUUUUAAAAAACUCUCUCUCAGCUGAAAUAUUUCACAGAUGGAAGCUCAUGUUUCAGUUUUAAUGAUUACUUUGAAUAAACAAUUUGUUGAUGCUUUUUCAAAUGAAAGCCUAAAAAUAGUCUACAUUCAAUUUUAGACUCCAUUGAUUAAUACAGUGUUACUUUCAUAAGUACACCCCAAGUGGUAGCUGAACUUAAAAUUAUUUGAAGAAGACACUCCUGUAGAGAAAAAAAGUGUUUGAAAUACAAAUCAGAGCAGAAAGAGUGCUCCAAAAAUAGAUAAUUCUUUUAAAAAGGUCAUAGAAUAUCUUCAUUGUGCUAAAAUUCAUUGCAUUUCAUUCUAAAUUUGCAGCUGAAACAAAUUUAUUUGCAAUAACAGAAGUAUCCUAUUUCUUAUUCAUCCUCAAAAAUAAAGGAUUUGAAAGAAUAGAGAUUUUAUAACUUCAGGGAUGCCUUCCAAUAUCUCAGUGCAUUUUGUUUGGUAUUAAGAAAUAUCCAUAGAAAGAAAUUUUAGACUUCAGUUAAAAAGAAACAGAUCUACUGGCAUAUCUUUAUAAAUCAUCAGGUCUAAGUUUUCGAAGAAAAUUAUAGAUAAAACUUGCAAGUAAAUAACUCCUAUGACAUCAUAAUCUUCUGCCAAUAUGAAUUGCAAAGGAUCAGUUUGCAUGAAAAAUAAUUCCCAUUUAAUAAGUCUUAAUAGACUGAUAUUUGCAUGUAUCAUAAGAGUUGAAACUUUGUUAAGAGACAUAUGUGACCUUAAACAAAUUCUUUUUUUUUUUAACAAAAUAUUUUUUGUUUUAACAACUCCAAUUGUGUGCUGCUUUUUUCAGCAUUUUGUUUCCAGUUCGGCAAAAGGGACAGACUAUAUAGUUCUAGAAACACAUACACACCUAUAGCUAAUUCCUAAAACCUGGAUACAAGUUAUGCUUUAUUUCUCCCAGAAAUUCAAUCUUAAGGCAGGAAAAAAGGUACAUCCCAGCAUAGAAAUUAUGGCCCAGCUGAAAUCAAAUGUAAAAUGUAAAUGCAUGUAAAUGCACACUUAUUGCUAUUUUUUAUGUAUUAUUUAGUGAUUUUUUCCAAUGGUAUGUGUUUCAUAUUUUUGCUACCUACACAUUAGGCAAAGAGAUGUAAAUAAUUUUGAAAAGAAGAGGAAGAACAGUGUAAAAUGCAGCUUUUUAUAGGUACUCCAUUUCAGUGUGUUUCAACAUCAUCCUAAAAUGAAAAAUUUUUCCACACAACUAACAAGGUGGUUUGUGUGCUAUUUCAGGGCAAAAGAUAUGUGCCCAUUCAAAUAAGCAUGUUUUUUGCAGGUAAAUAUGUUCCAUAUCUGUAUUUAUCAUUGCAUUUCAGAUGGGAACUGAACAACUGGAGAGAAAAAUGUAAUGAAACUGCUGCUGUAAAUUAUUCCUUUUAGCAUGUAUUCAGUUGCUAAAUACACAUUUCUUCAAAAUA